GCUCCAUUUAAAAUGAUUGAGUUGAAGCUUCAAUUGCUGAGCUGCUGUUUUUGCUGUCUUUUAAUCAGUGGCUUAAUGACGAGCAGGGCAGACGCUUGGCAGCUGCCCCGAGCAAAGGAUGUGCAACACAGUCUGGAGAGCUGCCACGCGGAGCAAGCUGGUGAAGAUGCAGCCACAUUGAGAUGUCUAGUGGACCAACUGGGUCUGUGGACAGACGAGUUGGGCUACAAUGCAAGGAGGAUAACCAAAAUCUUUGCAGCAUACAAUCAAAUGGAGGAACUCAUCCUGGUCAUCGACUAUUGCAACAGUAAAGAGCGACGCGAGAAGGAGCCGGCACAGUGGGCCUACAACGCCUACAAAUGUGCCACAUCGGGCAGAUUUGGCGAAUGGGUCAACGAUUACUAUGUGAAGCAACUGCAGGCAGUUAAAUCAAAGCCUGAAAGCAGAUUUGAUGAAGAUUAA